AUGGCACAAACCAAGACACAGAUUCAGGCCCUGCUGCUGCUCCUGCUGCUGGGGCUGUGGGUGGCUGAGGUCCCAGUCAGUGCCAAGCCCAAGCACAUGACCUCAGCUCAAUGGUUUGAAACUCAGCAUGUGCAGCCCAGCCCUGAAAGAUGCAACACCGCGAUGGAAAGCAUCAAUAAGUAUACAAAACACUGCAAAUAUUUCAAUACCUUCCUGCAUGACUCCUUCUCCAAUGUGGCCACCACCUGCCAGACCCCCACCAUAACCUGCAAGAAUGGCCGUGAAAUCUGCCACCAGAGCCAAGAGCCAGUGUUCCUGACCCAGUGUGAGCAUGUCUCGGGGAGGUACCCAGACUGCAAGUACAAGGAGAAGAACCUGGAUGCAUUCUUCAUUGUAGCCAGUGACCCCCCACAACAGAAGGAUUACCUGGAGAAUGAGCUGGUUCCUGUGCACUUGGACAAUGUUAUCUAA